AUGGAUCUCUCGCCCAUACUCGGCCAGAUCCCCAACGAAGUCCCGCGUCCUUUGGCAAUCCAACGGGCGCCCAAGUUCUCGACGUGGCAGUUCCGUCCGGAAGACCUGGCGGCCCAGAUCACCCUGAUCGAGCAUCGCAACUUUACCAGCAUCAAGAUGCACGAGUUCCACCACCAAGCGUGGACCUCCAAAUUGAAGACCAAGCUGGCCCCAAAUCUAGUCAACUUUAUUGAUUUCUUCAACCGCAUUGCCUACGGUGUCGCCAGCGAGCUCGUCAGCGAGCCCAAGAUCAAGACCCGAGUGACACUGUUGAAGCGCUGGAUCUUUGUUGCGCAUCAAUGUCUCAAGCUGCGGAACUACAACACCGUCUUUGAGAUCGUGGCCGGGCUCAACAUGGGAUGCGUCUCGCGGCUAAAGAAGACAUGGAAGGCGCUCUCGAAAAAGUACUGGGAUGUUUGGGAAAUGCUGAACCAUGUCGUUUCCAACGAAGGAUCGUAUCGGUGGUAUCGCUCACAAAUCGCAGAGGUCGUCCGAAGCAACAGCACCGGAGGCAUACCCUGUGUCCCAUAUCUCGGCGUCAACUUGUCUGAUCUGACCUUUGCCGAGGAUGGCAAUCCGACGUUUGCCAAGCCGUCAGUAGCAUUGGAGGCAGAGCCGCUGGCAAAGGUCGCCGGAGCAGCCCCGCCACCAACCCCGAUCGUCAACUUCAACAAAUUUCGGUUUAUAUCGCAACUGAUCAACAAGAUUGAGUUCAUGCAGCGAUAUGAGUAUACCCUGCCACCCGACCCCAAGAUCCAGGAUUUCAUUCUUCACGAGUGGGGCAAUCUAACCGAGGCGGAGCUCUAUACAGCCUCCAAGGUGUGCGAGCCACGGAUAGCCGGGACAUAA